ACCUGCUCGUGUGCCUUAUUUCCUGAUCUCAAUAUUUCCACCUGUUCACUUCCAGGCGGCCAUAUUGUCUUCAUGCCACAAGAGUACUCUUAGCCGUCAUGGCGCCCUCCUUUAUCAAUCUACUACUACUUGUCGCUAUUCUCAUCCCCCUCGUAGUCACCCUCCCGCCCAUUGAGUCGCAUGCUUCGCUCCGCCCGCAGACAUCCUACUCUCCAAAAGACAGGCAUACAGGGCCAUUUCGUAGGCUUCGCGAUGCCAUAAUUGAAAAGAUAUGGUCGAUACCUGGCAAAAACACACAUAAGGGGUGCUCGAGCUCCCAACCACUUCCGCAGCUGCCUAGGAGUUUCCACGCCCGUUACGGCAACGAUGUCGUCCUCCGUUUCGAAGUCCGAUCCGAGGAUGAAGCAAAAGCCCUGUCCGAGGCUACUAGCAUGUUGUACCUUGAUAUAUGGGAAGCGACGGAUGAGUGGGUGGAUAUCAGAAUAGCAAAGGAUGUUGUACCCUCGUUCAUCGGGCUCCUUCCAACUUCUCUACACCAUGCAUACAAACCUUUGAUGCACGACCUUGCUCGAGCCGUUUACGACACAUAUCCCACCUUGAACUCCGACCAAAGUCCUCUCCAGUCGACUCUUACAACAUCCCCUGGUGGGCGCACCCAUCUCGGCAUCCCACAGGACCUCUUUUUCCAAGAUUACCAGCCUCUUUCAGUUUUAUACCCUUGGCUACGGCUGGUCGCUUCGAUGUUUCCUACGCACGCAGAAUUAAUCACCAUAGGCCAGUCGGCAGAAGGUCGAGAUAUUCCAGCGCUGCGGCUAGGAUCCAAAUCACAACCUGGAGAUCCACAUGAUGAACGGCACACCCUGCUAGUCGUUGGCGGCACUCAUGCAAGAGAAUGGAUCUCAAUAUCUACAACAGCGUAUGUCGCGUACAGUCUUGUCACUCGAUAUGGGCACCCUCAAUUCCAUGCCGUCACCAAGUUGCUGGACCAUUUUGAUAUUGUUUUCGUCCCUGUACUCAAUCCAGAUGGCUACGAGUACACUUGGACGACCGACAGAUUAUGGCGCAAGAAUCGGCAGUCGACCUCUCUGCCAUUCUGUCCCGGGAUCGAUCUCGAUCGUUCAUUCCGUUUCGAAUGGGAUGGUCAUGGCAAUGCCGACAAUGCCUGCAGCGAUGACUAUGCUGGACCAGCACCGUUGAUCGCGAGAGAAGCCCAGGUAUUGACCGAGUGGGCUAGGAAUGAAACCAAAUACAACAACACCACAUUCGUGUCGUACCUGGACCUUCACUCGUAUUCACAGGAAGUCCUCUAUCCCUAUAGCUAUACUUGCGAUAUCGACCCACCGAAUUUGGAAGACCUCGAGGAGGUUGCACUUGGACUGGCCAAGUCACUCAGGCUGACAAACGGCCAUUACUACGGAGUCGAAAGCGCUUGUCGAGGAAGCAUCACAUAUCAAGACAAGGUCAAAAAGACUCGCAUCCAGACGGAGUCACAAGGCGGCUCCGCUUUGGACUUCUUCUACCACGACCUCGACGUCAAACUUGCCUUCCAGUUCAAGCUCCGCGAUACGGGAACAUAUGGCUUCCUACUACCCAAGUCCAACAUCCUACCCACUGGCGAAGAAGUCUACGAAGCUGUCAUGGCCCUGGGCCGGUGGUUGCUGGGCAAUCAUGGAAUUGAAAGUGUCGAUCCUGAUUCGGUCUGGGGCGUCGAGACCUCCGAGAUCAAGAUUGAGGACAUGCCGGGUGGUUCUGACAUCGAUGAGUAUGAGGAUGUUGAAGAUUACGAGGAAUGGGAUGUUGAACUUCGGCGAAGGCGGCGACGUCGCUGAAUGGUUCACGUCAUGGGAGGGAGAUUGAAAUCUUAUGAUAUAGCAGAUGGGUGGACAGCUUCGCCGACGGUAUAAACAAUGCAGAUAUUUAAUGACACUAUGACAGGCACGUACAGUUUUCUUUUUUGGGGGGAAAGAAAUACCUUCUCAUGCUCCUGCGGGUGAACAGUUGGCCAGACAGGACCGAGCAGAAC